CAAACUGUGUGGCUGCAGGGCUGGUUUGCUAAAACUGCAUUCAGCUCCUUUGCGUAGAGGGGCGUGUACUGSCUUCAGAGGGGGGAAAAAUCAGUCCUGCAGCUCGUGGAGCAGGGUGGGUUUGUAGUCAGAGAGAAUCUCCUCUUCAUCACCAUCAUCUGUCAGAGCAGCUCGGUCUCUUGCUGGCUUUGUCUCCGAGUCCUGCAUCUCUCCUCUUCUCUCCUCCAUCAUCAUGUCUUCUCUCGGCGGGGACUUGCUGCAGAUCCCUCUGGGGCUCAUCAACAGCGCGGGCAAGUAUCUGACUGCGGAGACCUUUGGCUUCAAGAUCAACGCGUCGGCCAGCGGCCUGAAGAAGAAGCAGACCUGGACCCUGGAGCAGACCGGGGAGGACGGCAGCGUCGUGUUCCUCGCRUCCCACCUGGGCCGCUACCUGGCCGCGGACAAAGACGGCAACGUCACGGCCGACAGCGAGGCGCGCGGCCGGGACUGCCGCUUCGUCCUCGCCGCGCACGAGGACGGGCGGUGGUCGCUGCAGUCCGAGCUGCACGGCCGCUUCCUCGGCGGCAGCGAGGACCGGAUCACCUGCUUCGCGCAGACCGCCUCCCCGGCGGAGCGAUGGUGCGUCCACCUGGCCGUGCACCCGCAGGUCAACAUCUACAGCUUCGCGCGCAAACGCUUCGCCCACCUGAGCGCGCUCGGCGAGGUGUCCAUAGACCGGGACGUGCCCUGGGGGGUCGACUCGCUCGUGACGCUCGUGUACCGGGACGAGCGGUACCACCUGGAGACCUCCGAUAACCGCUUCCUGCGCAACGACGGCAGCCUGGCCGCCAAGCCGGACGCGGACACCGGCUACAUGCUGGAGUUCCUGUCCGGGAAGGUGGCGUUCCGCGACUGCCACGGCCGCUACCUGGCCCCGGUGGGUCCCACGGGAACAAUGAAGUCUGGGAAAAGCGGCCGGGUGGGGAAGGAUGAACUGUUCGGCCUGGAGCGCAGCCACGCGCAGGUGGUGCUGACCGCAGGCAACGACAGGAACGUCUCAACCAGGCAAGGAAUAGACCUGUCAGCCAAUCAGAAUGAGGAAGGGGACCAGGAAGUCUUCCAAUUAGAGAUGAACCGUGAAGACAGGAAGUGUGCUUUCAGAACUGCUACUGGAAAAUACUGGACUCUGACAGCAACUGGAGGACUGCAGUGCACUGCCUCUGCCAAGUCCGCAGACAGUCACUUUGAGCUGGAGUGGCGUGACGGUCGCGUGUGUAUCCGUGCAGCCAAUGGCAAGUAUGUGACUGCGAAGAAGAACGGGCAGCUAGCAGCAACCAUUGACAACGCAGGGGAGGCCGAACAGUUCUUGAUGAAGCUGAUUAACCGUCCAAUCAUCGUCCUCCGUGGGGAGCAUGGUUUCAUUGGGGCUCGUAAAAGUGGAUUUCCCACCCUCGACUCCAACAGAGCAUCUUAUGAUGUUUUCCAACUAGAGUUCCAUAACGGAGCUUACUCUCUCAAAGACUCCCAGGGGAAGUACUGGUGUGUUGACGACGACUCAGCAGUCGUGUGCAGCAGUGCCAUACCUGUCCAGUUCCUCCUCGAGUUCUGUGAUCUCAACAAGAUGGCCAUUCGGGCUGUCGGGGGCAAGUACCUUAAAGGCGAUCAUGCUGGAGGACUGAAGGCCAACGCCGACUCCCUGGACAGCGCCACCCUCUGGGAAUAUUAAAACAAGGACUUCUGCGCGGUUUGACACAAUGCUUCAAACUAAUAAUGAAUAUGAAGGUUUUUCUGGUUGUCGUGUUGUUUUGUGUUUCUGUGUGUGAGUGCGUAGUUGUGAAUAAAUUGGGAUGGCUGUGUGGUGGAGCUGAUUAACUGAACGUCAAGGCAGCAAAGGGCUGCAAACAUUUAAUCUGCCUUUUUUGCUUAUAACUCUUCUUGGUGGACUUUUACCCACAUGGGAUAACAUUAACUUGUUCUAUUGAACGUAUGGCUUGUUUCACUUUCUUUCUAGCUYGCACACAUGUCCUCAUUAGUUGUUGCUAAAUGUGGUACCUUCUGCUGGUGUAACUAACAAUCUUACAAUUCAGCUGCUUUUCAGUCUUACAGUUUGCAUUUCUUGUUUGCUUACAAAAGCACAAAUAGACACACCGGAUGAAGGGAUGGUACUGAUUUGCAUUCCUCUGCUGUAAAUAACGCUUUGUCUGUUGCUGAAUACYUUAAAACACUUCAACCAUGGGACAGCAGAUAGUUUUUAAGCCGUCGACAUGCACAAGUCACGUAAUCUCCUGCCAGAUAAUCCAAACAGUCAACGGUCAAAUAUAUAGAAUCAGAUUCUCUCUUUGUGCACAACCACAGUCCAAAACUAAACAGAUGACAACAGCUAGAAGAUUUUAAUGUAAUCGUGUUAAUGUAGGGAGUAUUCUUUUCAGAAUUACUUUCUAUUAAAAGCAGUGUGGCGUAGUUCAGAACAUUAUAGAGCACAAGGACAUAAAAWRCACAUAAGAAAUGAGGUCAUAAAUACAUUAGAUUAAAAUGUAAAAACAUUGAUAUCUGCACAAUAAUGUGUUUGCCACCUAAAGUUCAAAGCACAUAUUUGUUGUUGGACCUGUAAUAAAUGCUGCUACUGAUCUGUAUACACAAAGGUGAACAAAUGCCUCUGGCUUUUAUUAUGGCUGUGCCUUCCAUAUAGCAUUUACUCUAUUUCUUUCUUUAUUUUUGCUGUUUUUUUAACUGAACCAAAAAAAGAAUAAAGCCCUGUCUCUCAAAGUGAA